GGCACGAGUAAAAAAUUUGCGCUGACAAACCCACGUCGAGUCGACCAUGAGAGGCGCGUCUUAGAGCUGAGGAGGACUCUUCUGUUAGCACCUCACGAUGGGCGGAACGAGGAUCACAGAGGACCUGUAUAUGCAUCUCCGCUUGCAGGUCGAACAGUAUCAAGAAUGAUUAAACUUUCUUCCACGACGAGAAAAAAUGGUUGCGAUGUGACAAAAAGUCAACAAAAUUCUGUUGUAUAUAGAUAACGUCAUUUGUUUUCAUUUUUAGUUCACAUCAGCAUUCGUUUUUUUUGCACACAUACCUUUUCGUUUUGAUGGCAUUGUUGUGGACUCAAUCAUUGCUUUGGAAACAUUGUUGUACUGGAAGGAGGCGAAAUUGUUUUGUACAAAGCAUAUCAGCUUUUUAGCUAGUGUGUAUGGAGACGGACAUCGAAACUGUUGA